GCUGGGGUCACAUCGUAGUCCAAGUUAAACAACGGAUGUAAAUACAGAAGGGCACAGCGACACCGUUUCCCCUGUGUUUAUUGCCGUACUGACGGCAGGCUUUUGUUUUGUGUUUUUAAGAGACCGCCACAGCACUCAUCGUCAUCAUGUCCAUCAAGGCAAAGACAGUGGAGAAAGACCGUGCAGCGGCGUUUGACAGGGGUGUAUUUGUCAGCGCAUCUGCCUCUGCCGGAAAGCGGUCGUACUACUAUGAAGAGGAGCGUCGUUACAAAGGGGUGGACGCGGCCACCUCCGGGUCCUCGUCCUCGUCUUCAUCGCGUUCCAGCAGCCCAACACGCACCGGUGCCACCGCUGCACGCAGAGAAAGAGAUGCCGCGACCCACAGCAGCACCGAUAAGGAGGAAGAUGAGGAUGUAAGUGGCGAUGAAGAGGUGGUGCGACGUGCGCGGGCUGCGACGCAGGCAUUGCUUGGCGGUGGUGGAAGAAAAAAGAUACGCCCUGCGAGUGCGACAACAGAACCAAAGAACUCGGCUGCCGUUACGCUGCCGAAUGAACGGCUAGAGGCGUAUUUGCGUGGUCGGUCCGGGUCCAUGCCAACGUUGCGCAGUGGUGGACCGUCUACCGCUCCAUCAGCAGCGGCCGCAGCAACGGGCGCGAACACGCUGAGGGCACAUCACCUGUCCGCAAACUCCACGCCUCACGCAGAGACGGCGCAGUUUCCACCAACGAGCGCCAAGUCGCAAAACACAUCUCUACUGAACCGUCUCGCUGGAGCGACACAGCCAAGCGCCAACGCCUCCGCUUCGGACCAAGACAUGGCGAAACAGUCGGCUGCAUAUCAACAGGCGCUGCAGAUGCGCACCACGAACGUCGACUUUCAGCAACUCAUGUCCCUUUUAGAACACGACGUUCGACGAGAGCAGCAGCAGCAGCAGCAGCAGCAGCAGCAGCAGCAGCAACCGCGGCGAGAGAACACAGCGACGCUGUCCGACACUCUGACGACGUCGACGAAGACGGCCGCGGAAAGUCCUUCCACGGCACACGAUGCCGUCCCGGCUGCAACGCAGCAAAGAGAGUCUCCGCCGCCGCGCACCUUUGCCACGCUGGAAGACACAGCGUUGGAGGAGCUCUUCGAGGAUUGGUGUCAUCAGGGUACAAGCACAGUGGCCGGAGACGAUGAGGGUGAUGGCGGCGCUGAGGUGUUUAUUGCCGCAGAUCAUCGCGCGGCUGCUUUUACGCUUGCUGCGGUGGCCGCACACGAGCUGGACGCCUCCUCGUGGGGGCGCACGUCGGCUCCACGCAAUGCCGCACGUACCGCGUCGACCGUUGCGGCUUCUUCGUCUGCGGUGGCCGCCCCCGUGGUGAACGCGCCGCUGAUGUGGGAGGAGUUGAUGCUGAGCGAGGUGGCACGCCGCAACGCGCGCAGCAUGAACCACGACAGCAGCCGCAACAGCAGUGGAGGCGGUUUGCUGAGCAACCCGGCAGACGUCGCCGAAGAGGCAACACAGCGGCUUCGCCGAUUUCUGCAGUCUGUCGACUGCAUUGAGCGCUUGGUGAACCACCGCCGCUUUGUGCGCAGCGUCGCCGCGUACCUCUACGAACACCACAAAGUCUUUCUCCCGCACUACAUCACAUCCCCCGGCCUCUCUCCUCCACCAGCAGCCGCCUCAUCAGACGGAGCGCAGCUUGGAGCGUCCCCGUCGGUUCCCUCUUCCUCCUCAGUGGUGGAGCACCGUCACGAGGAGUACGCCGUCUACGAGGAGUUCGGCCGCCGUGUCUCCACAGCGUUGCUCUCGUAUCUCACGCACUACGUCGCCGGCUUCGACGAGGCUGAAUUUGUAGAGGCGCUGUACGAUACUCCCGCUGCUUUUGCGGAGGACGACGUGCCGGGCGACGUCAGCUCCGCAUCCGCUGUAAGAGGCCCGCAAAAUGUGCUGUCUUUCCCUGCGUGGCGGUUGGUGCUGGCCAUGAGUGACUUUGAGAGUUUCUUCGCGUGGAUGAUGGACUACAUUUACGAGGAAUACCACCUGGAUGGUCUGGCUGAUGAGAGCACCGGCUUGGUCGUGGCUGGCGCACGCGGACUGCGCGCACUGAUACGCUCGACAUACAGACCACCGCUGGAGGCGCCCGCUGAGGACGCUCCCGCGCCCCUGUCCGGGACCGAGGCCGCGACAGCAGUUCCACUCAGUGCCGCUUCCACACGGGCGGGUGUCUCGCAGUCUCCACCCCCGCCCCCCGUUCGCGACGCCGCGCAAAAUCCGCCGUCCUCCGCAGAGUCACCGUCACUGGAUGCACCGGGCGCCGAGUCGUCCUCCUCUUCGCCGCACUUGUCCGAGUCCCCGCCGCGGCCGAAAGGAACAUUGGCGCCUCUCACGUCCAGCGCACCGCUGCCCCCUUCGCCGCCCCCCACCCGCACCACGCUCUCGUCUUUGUCAGCCGCCUCUCUUCCUGUACGCGGCGGCAGCAGCAGCAGUGCCGGUGUGCCGGCAGGCUUGCAUCUUCGCCAGUUUUUUCCGUCCGCGCCGGCCAGCGCGGAGGGCGGCACACGCGCGGGGGCGAGUAAGAAGGCGACGCCGGUGUACCGUAAGCGGCAGACGACGCACCCCGGUCGCAACCUACCCCCCCUUACACCCCCCACGGACCACAUCGUGCGGCCGAGCAGCGUUGUAGACGAAGCGGAGGCGGCGAAUCCACAUGGUUGCGCGUCGCUCCCUGCGUCUCUUCGAUUGUCGGACGCGAGCUCUACCCCGGCUGGCGUUGCCCAGGCCUUCGCCAGCACCGCACCUCCGGCGCCGACAACUGCUGCGUCGGGGCUGGCUCCGGCGCACCGCGCUCCUCGCACACGAUCCUCUACGAGCAAAAAGGACUCGACCGCCGACGACGAUGCGAAUGCCUCCAGCGCGCGACCGAAGGCUGGCAAGGCACUGAAGGCAAAGCCACAGAAACCGAAGCUGAAUCGUUGA